AUGAGUCGGCGGGGCUGUGUCGGGCCCACGGCUCCCCGCAUGGUGGUCGCCUUCCCGCCUCUGCGUCCCUCCGUGGCUUCGCCGCGUGGGGUGUGCCGAAGGGCACCGGGUCCCUCCAGCUGGUUGCAGGCCGCCAAGAGAGCCAGCAGACAGGGGCCCUCCCAGGCCUCAGGACCUGAGUUCUCAGAUGCCCGCAGGACAUGGCUGAACUUUGUACGGCGGCCACUCGCCGGCGCGUUGAGGAAGCGGUGCCGAGGCCGGGACACGAAGCCGCGGGGCCUCUUGGGCCCCCCAGGACCUCCAGGUGCAGAAAUGACCCCAGAGACCCUGCUCCGGGAGUUUCAGGAGAUGCUGGAAGAGGCCACGGAACACCGGUUCUCAGGGCCGUUGGACCCAGUGUGGCCCCCGGGGGUGGGCCCGAGGCUGUUGGGCGAGGCCUUUCACUGCCGGCUGAAGGGCCCCCGCCGGGUGGACAAGCGGAUGCUGGUGGAGCUGGACGGCUUUCAGGCUCCUGCCACCCAAGGUGCCUUCCUUCGAGGCUCCGGUUUGAGUCUGGCCUCGGGUCGGUUCACGGCACCUGUCGGCAUCUUCCAGUUCUCUGCCAGCCUGCACGUGGACCACAGUGAGCUGCAGGGCAAGGCCCGGCUGCGGGUCCGGGGUGCCGUGCGUGUCCUCGUCUGCAUCCAGUCUCUGUGCCAACGCCACAUGUCCCUGGAGGUCAUCUCGGGCCUAGGGGGCAACAGCAAGUCUUCACAGCACAGCUGCAGGGGAGGCGGGGAUGGGAGCGCUGGGCAGUACGCCUUCGUGUUUGCGGACAGUGGUUCCGGGGCCGUCCUCACCAUCCAGGCGGGCUCCAGCUUCUCUGGGCUGCUCCUGGGCACGUGAGGGUGCUGAGGCGGGCUGGGCGAGGAGCUGCCGCCGGAGUUUGGGGAUCCUCCCAUGGGUGCCUGUGGUCAUCACAAUAAAGAGCCGUCACCCUGGCUGCCA